AUGGAUCUAAAAUUUGAACUGCUUCUCAUCUUUCUUCUUACGUCGAAUUUAUAUUGGCUAAACUAUUAUGUGCAGCAAUGGUUGGAUGAAUCGUCGGCUGAAUGGGUUGAUUGCGGUGAAAAUGGUGUGUGUCCUGUUGAUCUCACUAAAAAAGCGGCAAAAGUCAUUGAAAAUUUGAUGUACUGGGGUGAGCCUGUGGUUGUCGUUUUGAGCCUUUUCAUUCAACCAUUUGCCAUUUUAUCUCCAGCUUUCAACAAUCGAAUAACCACAGCAAUCCGG